CUUGGUAAAGUAACAAAUUACAUGAGCGUGCUUUAAAAGCUCGCAGCUUGUUUUGGAUCACAGAUCGCCAAGAAUUCCGCAGAAAAAACAACUCUUGGUACAUUUGAAAGAAUAUAGGAAUAAAUAUGGAAGAAAAACAAGAAAAAACUAUUCAAAUCGCCGCGAGGGAACGAGGUUUGUAUGAGGUUUUUGACAAUACGAAUGAAGCAAAUCGCGUCGACUUGAGGCCAUGGCCUUCAGAAUAUAAAUGUUUUUUUUGCAUUAAAAAAAAGUUCGCAAAGUCUUUAGUCAAUUUACUAAAACAUUUGCUAAUAUCCAGUGAUUAUUUUAUAAGAUAAUGAAGUCAAUUUUAAAAGAUACCUUGCCCCGGAACGUUCGAUAUAUUAAAAUGUGAUUAUUUCGCGUACGGCGUACUAAUAAUACUUGAAUUUAGGAUUUUUGAAAUACAUACAUUCUGUCCAGUGUUUAACAGUUCUAUGCCUUGCCAAAGGUUUUUUAACGUAGUUUAUAUGGAUUGUGCGAAGGAAUUCUAUUUCAUCCUACUGGGUAAACGUUUGGAUAAGUUAGACAAUGAACACAGCAUGUAUACGCGGAUAAUACGCCUUGUCUAUAACAUUGGCUGCUUAAACAAAACUGCAUAAACAAAAUAUGUAAAUUUUAAACUCUAAAAAAACUGAAUCUGGCAAAUUCUGAAAUUCAAACUGUAAUGUAAAAUACGUUCUCCAGUAUUUUAACAGCUAUGAAUACUGCUUAUCUUUUUUGAUGGAUACAAUUAUCCCAAAACAUUUGGCCAUGCCACCGGACGUUGCUACGAAACGGUUGAGAUGCAAACACAACUCAAUGUGAAAUGGCAGGUGUUUAGUUGCAUAGUAUAAUGAGUAUUAAAUAUUUAUGUUGUAUUAUUUUAUUUAUUUAAGGUCCGGGUCCCGGACGAUACGGAUUACCGUCUACUUGUGGCUACAUCAGUCACGAUGGCACGAAGUACAAAGCGCCUGCUUAUUCUAUGGGAACAAGACUGCAAAAUUCAAGUAAGUACAAAAUUUGUUUUUUAACUUAAAAUGCCAUUAUUAAUGCUAGAUAGGUGACAAAAUUCGGAACGGAAGAGUUACUAUUUUUAGACUUUUGUAAUUUUGUAUUCUUUUGUAUUUUAAACUUACUGUAAUCCUAAAUAGAACCCUUACUCUAACUAUAACCUUCAGUCCUACCCCUUUCCCUAAUCCAAACCCUCUAAGUAAAAAAAAAUAGUAACUGUUCCUAAAUCGUGACUAACGAUAUCAGACAAGCAACAUGUACUACCCACCCUAACAGGGCCCUGGUCCUGUAUCAUUGGCUAAUUAAUGCACCUGCAAUUCUAUGGCACAAAGUUUGUAGCCAGCUCAGCCUUUUACAAUGUCACUAACAUUUAUUGUUGCCCUAAUUGUUUCAGUGUUUCGUAAAGACUGCAGUCCUGGUCCAGGGUAUUUCAUUGAAGCCUCAAUAACCCGAGGUGGAAAGGAUGGCACUCCGGUGUACUCUAUCUUGGGCAGGCAGAAAGAUCCUAGUAAGUAUUUUUGGGCUGUGACUACUCAUAGUAAAUUGCAACCAGUGGCUGGUUACUGCAUACAUAUAGAGAGUACAAAGUUACAAAGCCGGCUGGCCCAGUUAACCGAUGAUUGUUUUAAUAUUAAGCUCUUUGGCCAUCAAGUCGUAUUGUGCCCUACUUUAUUACUUUACUCUGUCUAAUGCCAGACAAUUUUACUGGUCAAUUAGGGGAGAGUGCUGGUGCUUAAUGGGUUAACUGGCCUAAUCUGCCCAUGUGUCUAUAGUUAACCCAUUGACUGAAGUUGCAUUGCAUCCUGUGAUGCGCUAUACUUUAUGAUUUUACUUGUCAAGGGGAGAGUGCUGGCACUCAAUGAAAUAACAUUAGUGCUAGUAAUGUAUAUACCAACAGCUGUAGUACAUUUUUUCACCUGCGUUGUAACUGUACUCUAGAUACAUUCAAGACACCAGGACCAGGAACGUACUGUCCUGAACGAGUUCACCCCCAAGGAGAAAGACAUGCGCCUGUGUACUCAAUGGGAUCAAGGACAAGAUAUCGUAAACGUAAGUAAAAAUUUGCCCAGCUAAAUUUGUACAAGGUCUUGGCAGUGUUCACAGUAGUUAGUGCAUGUGAUAUUCCCCUCUGUCACCGACUCACCUGAGGAUUUUAUUCCUACAGUAUGCAAUUGUUUGAUAAAUUUGCAUUAGUCAUAGCUGAAAUAAGUGGGCGAUUGGCCUCCCAAAAGUCGGACAUGCCAGGCACAUUAAUUUUGCCCUGAAAAUUCACCCACUUUUUUGUGGAUUUAUUAUGUAAAUAAUAUUUUACUUCAUGAUCACAGAUUACAAUAAUAAAAUCCACACCAUUGCUUUUUUGCUUCACUUUUUGACUCACAGAAGAUUGGAGCACUCUCUCUCUCAAGUUAUUGUGAUAGAUAUAGCUCAGUGGCUAUACCCAUUUAGACUGGAAUUUUUUUCGUGACAUGCCAAUUAAAUUCAAGUUCUUUCCAUUUUGCACUUUUGGCAAAACUUGCCGUCCAACAUCCCCCCCCCCCCCCCCGGUAAAAUUCCUUAAAAAGGCACUGGGGCUAUCCAGUAUAAGGGGAAAGUUAGUCGAGUUAUUAGCUGAUUCAUUACAAUAAUUUUCAACUCUCCUUGUUACAGGCGACAGCACUCCAGCACCAAAUGCAUAUGGUCUACCACCAGUUCUCGGUAGCAAGGUUAUCAACAAGUCAUCCGCAGCAUCGUACUCCAUGACUGCCCGAUCAAAAACCGGCGGCUUUUCCGAGGACCUUGCAAAGACACCAGGGCCUGGACACUACAAGGUUACGCCACCAGACACAGUGAAGCAAAAUGCUCCCAAGUACUCCAUGUUAUCAAGAAAUCACAUGCCUGGAGGUAGGUUGUAGACCCUGUAGCUAAACAUGUAGUAUGGGGGGGGGGUGAAUAGGGGUAUACAAAUCCACUGAUUCGCCAAAAUUUGAAGCAAAAUCCGCGAUCCGACAAUGGUCUUGUCUAAAUUUGAAUCCGCUAAAAGCUCUACUGUGAAGUCACAAUCCAGGAUCCAAACUAAAUUGCAAGCUAAAUCCACAAUCCGAGCCAAAAUAUUAGAUAAAUCUGCAACCCGCUGUAUUAUUAAUAUCUUUAAAUCUGUGUAAAAUAUUCGCCAGAUCCGAACAAUUUUUUCUGUGAAAUCCGAUGAUCAGAAAACCUAUUCACCCCCCCCCCCCAUGUAGACCUAUACGCUUGACUUUCCAUUUUUCAAGACUUGAAAGUACUAAAAUUUCUAAAAACUUUUUCACUUACUUUUUUUACAGAUUCAACACUGAAACCUGGUCCUGGAGCACACAGCCCAGAGAAGGUAUACACAACAAAGCCAAAGGCACCAUCGUUCUCUAUGGGAAUCCGACAUUCAGAAUUUAUAUGCCCAUUAAUCAUUGAUGUUCAAGACUAACCAUGUAGAACUACUAUAUACAGCUUAAUACUUAGGAAUACUGCAGGAAUUACCUGGAGUGUAUAAUGAAAAAUGUGAACCCCCAUUUUUUUUUACAAAAAAUAUGGGAGAAACCUAGGAGGUUAAAACAGGGAUGUAAAGUAAAGGUUUAUGAUAAAAAUUAACUUUUUAUAGUAUAUACAAUAAAUUUUAUUUGUACAAUAUUAGCGUGCGGUGAAUUUGCGCAGUAAUUUUAAUGUUACAAAAGAAAAAUUAUGUUCUGUUUCUAUGCUUGAACUAAAACAAUUUCAUUUCUAGUAUUGUAGGCUUCGAUACAUACUUAAAUAUUGACAGUAUUUGACCAAGGCAUUUUCGUUCGCGUGAUGCAGAUGUAACAUUUAAGUCACUCUGUUGUGGUGUAUGGUCGUAUAUGGUAUGGUAUAGCAGCAUCGAUGUCCACGGACCAUUGUCGCAAUCCUUAAACAUUUCUUCAACUCCAUAUUCCCGUAUUAUAUACAAGCAGAACUGAUUUUUGUCUUCGUGUGACUGAAACUACUAUAAUUAGUGAGCAACAAUUUUUUCCCUUCAGCCCCGUACUGUACAUUUAUAUAUCAUACCCCUACGUUCAAUUUUUCUGAUACCACAAAUCGACUUAACGCGUAAAAAUCUCACAUCUUGUAGCAAGUCUGCCAACAAGCCGCCAACAAGUUGUGUUCGCACUGCUUGUCCCAAGUUGUCAACAAGUUUGGAACAAGCUGUUAACAAUUUGUAACAACCUCGAUAUUAUCAGGCUUGUUACAACGUUGUUCCAACAAGUCCGAUACAGUUAUGAUAUAACAGUAUUAAUUGUUACAACCUUGUGUCGUCAAGCCUUGUAACAUUCUUGUUUAUCAUGACUGUAUCAGACUUGUUAGAACAACCUUGUAAGUUGUAACAAGUCUGAUAAUGCCAUCAAGCUUGUUCCAAGUUGUUAACAGCUUGUUCCAACAACUGGGAGCAAGCAGUGCGAAGACAACUUGUCGACAGCUUGUGAACAGAUAUGUAACAACUUGUUGUAACAAGUUGUGCGUUUUUACGUUUGUAGCAUUCCGACCCAAUAACAUGCAUCAGCUCUUCACGAGCCAUUAUAUUGACUAGUGCAACAUCUGCUGUUCAACAUAGCCACACAUGGUACUUUUAACCACGAUGUAAGGUAGCCAGCCCAAUCCAAUGACAUAAACAGUUCUUUAUGAAGCAAGAUACUCAGCCCAGCAUAAUUAUCGCGACAUAGACACGUCCCAGUUCUAUCUUCGAUAACGAUAUCGCUUGAAAUGAAACCAAAGUUGAAAAACGCCAUUAUGAAAUUGUGAUCUGAAGCCAUGUUUAUGUGAAUAUUCCCAUUCACGGUUCACAACCUUGAACGCGAUGUCCUGAAAACAACAAAAUAUUUAAUAUAUUUAACUCACAUGAUUACCGGUGGUCUGCGCUUUACAGAAUAAGACCCCG